CUUUUUUCAAGUUGAUGGUAAAUUAUAUAUCGACUUUGACUAAUUACUCUCUCCAAACCACAAGAAACAAUGCAAAUAUAUCUUCAAACAAUUUUUUCAGUAUGUGAAACUCUGUAGAAAUGACUUUUUUAAUACUUCAUAAAUUAAGACGAUGUCGUUUUGAUCCAAGAUAAGUUGGAAGAGUUUUACAGUUAAUAUUUAAUAUUGUUUCUCCCAAUUCUCUCCUUGGCCGCGUUUCUCCGCCGCCGUCUGGAGCAUCGGUAAGCAAGCCGCCGCCGCCGCCGCCGCCGCUGUGCGCAUCAUCCGUUCCGGCUAAAUUAUUCCGCCAUCACUUCUGCUCUUCCAUUCGAGAAAGUAGAAAGGAGGGAUUUUGGAAGGGUGAAUUAGGAGAGUGAGUUGUGAAGAUGGAAAACAGAGGUGAUCCUGAGCAGCAGAAACAGAAUAAUGCAUCAUUUGUUGUGAAAAUACCUUCAUAUGAAGAGGUGGUUGAGAGCUCCCAACCUAAGUCGCAAUCUUUAUUCAAGCCUUCCUCCUCCUUUUCGCAAGCUUUCAAUUUUAUCAAAAACACUGAAUUUUACACCACCCCGCCAUCUGCACCGCUGGCUCAGUCCUCCAAAGAUGCCCCUUCAUCCUCUCAAGGAUCUUAUCCAAGGCAAACCAUUCAAUCUGAAGCUCCUUCCACUUCAGUUUCAUCAGCUGGUGCAAAUCGGAAUGCCAUCAUCGUUAGCCAUAGACAGAAGGGCAACCCUUUGCUAAAGCAUAUAAGGAAUGUUCGAUGGGUUUUCGCUGAUGUUGUUUGCGACUACUUGUUGGGCCAAAAUGCUUGUGCGCUUUAUUUGAGUCUUCGCUAUCAUCUUCUACAUCCAGAUUAUCUGUAUUUUCGGAUAAGGGAACUGCAAAAGAAUUUCAAGCUUCGCGUCGUAUUAUGCCAUGUUGAUGUGGAAGAUGUUGUUAAGCCUCUACUUGAAGUCACAAAAACGGCACUACUCCAUGACUGCACUCUUUUAUGUGCUUGGAGCUUGGAAGAGUGUGGUCGGUACCUGGAGACCAUUAAAGUUUAUGAAAACAAACCUGCCGAUCUCAUUCAGGGACAGAUGGAUAUGGACUACAUUUCACGGUUAAACCAUGCACUCACAUCAAUCCGGCAGCGUUUGCCAAGUACUCCGGCACCAGGGGAAGCAAAAGGAAGGCCGCGGUGCAGGCGGAAACGGAGGAGGAUGCAGCCGACACCCGACGAGCCAACGACGGUGAAGAAGGGCUGUAAACGAGUCAAGCUCCUAGAUCUCGAGAUGUUGAUGAUACUCAGCUCAGUAGCUGGUGGGCUCAUUAAGUGA